AUGGGGGUCGAUCACAGGAAAGCUGCCGUGUUUGGUGGUGCUCUGGCCCUGCGACUUCUUCUCUUAGUGCUGUUCCCCUCACUCCCCGACUUGUUGACGGGCAGGGUCGAGGUCUCGACGCCGGUGACCAGUUUCAAACGACUUCAAGAAGGCCUUUUCCUCUACACCCGCAAUGUUUCUCCCUACGAUGGCGGCGUCUUCCACCAGGCACCGCUACUUCUUCCUCUAUUUUCUCUCUUACCGAACGCUCAAUCCUUCCCUCUACCGACUGUGGUAUUCUACUCAUUAAUAGAUCUCGUGAACGCGAACGCUUUGGCUACCAUUUCGGAUUCAGGACAGGCGGUCUCGGGGAGAUUCUAUUCGGCAUUGCGGAAGCAUAUUAGAUGGGAUGGAGUGUCAAUUGCAGCAUGGUAUUGGUUCCUUUUCAAUCCCUUCACCGUUGCAACAUGUCUAGGCCGGUCAACUGGGGUGUUUACUACGACUGGGAUUCUAUACGCCUUUUCAAGUGCCGUUACCGGGAACAGCCUGAACGCGAUGCUCGCUCUGGGAUUUGCGUCAUACCUAUCAAUAUACCCUGCGCUUCUCUUCAUUCCGCUUGUUCUUCUCUGCUACGACCAGCGAGCUCAGAAGGCUAAGACGUCCUCCGGGGUCGCAUCGUUCGCUCUUCAACACUUUGCAAUCUUUAUUAUAUGCAUUGCAGGGCUACUUGGGGUAUCCACUUUAUUGAUUGGUGACUUUUACACCUUCAUCUCUGCAACAUAUGGUUUCCAGUUGCUCGUCCCUGACCUGACCCCCAAUGUGGGCCUUUGGUGGUACUUCUUCAUUGAGAUCUUCGACUCGUUCCGAGAGUUCUUCCUUGGAGUCUUCUGGCUGCAUCUAGCUGCAUACAUGGGUGGUCUCACACUGCGAUUGCGCCGGCAGCCCUUGUUUGUGCUCACGUCGCUUUUGGGGAUUUUCGCCAUCUUCAAGCCUUAUCCUAGCAUCUCCGAUGCAUCGUUAUACUUCGCCCUCCUUCCACUCUACCGCCACCUCUUCCCUUUGAUGCGAUACACCUUUUUUGCAAUUUCCGCUCUUCUCUACGCCACGCUUCUGGGCCCCGCGUUCUAUCAUCUUUGGAUAUACGCCGGCUCUGGCAACGCCAAUUUCUUCUACGCCAUCACCCUAGUAUGGAGUCUUGGCCUUUCGAUACUACUCGCGGACACCAUCUUCGCGGCUCUCCGCGACGAAUGGGAGCAUGAUAACCCCGAGCUGCGGGGCAAAGAAGUACGACAAGUGUAA